CAUUAGAGCUGCUGUUUUGAUUUCACAGCUCAGCAUACGAGAGAAAGCGUCUCUCUCUGUUUUCAUUAAAAGAAGAAAUUCAGAUGUUGUAUUCACUUUGAAUCAGACUGAAAUGUUAAUGUUGUUUCAACUGUGUGUGCUUAUCUUGUUUUUUAUCUGUUUCUCAGAGGCAGCGAUAUCCUGCUUAAAUGAGGAUGGUCAGCCGGUUGACUGGUUCAUUAUGUACAAGCUUCCCACUUACAAGAUGGAUGUUAAAGGAAGUGGAGUGGAUUACAUGUAUUUAGACCCAUCUGUCAUGGACUUUCAGAUGAGCAAACAUACUGUCAACAGCAGUAAAGGAGCAUUAGGCAAAACAAUGGCACAGCUUUACUCCAGAUAUACAUCCAACAGCUCAGUCUAUAUGCUUUACAAUGAUGCUCCACCAGAACUGAAGUACCCAAGCAAGUAUGGACACACAAAAGGAGUGCUGAUGUUUGACCAGUCUCAGGGAUUUUGGCUCACACACAGUGUUCCUCAUUUCCCUCCGUUUCCAGAGAGAAAUUACAGUUACCCAUCAACAGGAAAAUACUACGGCCAGACUCUUCUCUGUAUUACAUACAACUAUACACAGUUCCCUCAAAUAUCAUUGCAGUUAGCAUAUCUUAAUCCACGUAUGUAUAACUGCUCAGUCCCUAUGGCAUUUCGCCCAGAUAUUGCGGUCAUGGCACAAAUUUGUGAUGGUAAAACACCGGCCAUUAAAAACAGAAGGAGUCUGCAGAAACUGGAAUCUGUCCGAGGACAAACUUUUUUCAGUUUUGCCAAAUCACACAACUAUGUGGAUGAUAUUUACACAGGUUGGGUGGCUCAAGCAUUGGGGACAGAUCUGCUAGUGGAAUCGUGGCUGCACCAGGCACAUCGGCUCCCCUCGAACUGCUCACUUCCCCGGCAUGUGAUGAACAUCGACAGAGUUUGUCUCCCAGGACCUCAGAUGUUCAGUAGUUACGAGGAUCAUUCUAAGUGGUGUGUGUCUUACGCGUUCAAAGACCAAUGGACAUGUCUAGGGGACUUGAAUAGAGACAGUGGCCAGGCUGGCAGAGGUGGUGGGCUGAUAUGUUCUCAAAACCCAGUCCUUUAUAAAGCCUUCCGUCAGGCCAUGGCCGGGUAUAAACACUGCUAAAAAAUACCUUUAGUACACUGAACUAGCCCCGGACUUUGGAGCAUGCAUUAAUAUAUGACAGGGGUUUUUAACCCCCGGUUGAUUAUACCAAUUUUAACCUGAACCCAGAUGCAAAAGUUUAAAAAAACAGUUUAAAUAUUUAAACCAAGUUCUAACCUUGUUUUAUUUGUGACCCUGGAUCACACAACCAGUCAUAAGUAGCAUAUUUGUAGCAAUAGCCAAAAAUACAUUGUAUGGGUCAAAAUUAUAGAUUUUUCUUUUUUUGCAAAAAAUAAUUAGGAUAUUAAGUAAAGGUCAUGUUCCAUGAAGAUAUUUUUUACAUUUCCUACCAUACCAUAUAUAAAUAGUUUGGCUAAAUAUUGUCCUAUCCUAACAAACCUUACAAACAUGCAUCAAUGGAAAACUUAUUUAUUCAGCUUUCAGAUGAUGUAUAAAUUUCAAUUUUGAAAAAAAUGACCCUUAUGACUGGUUUUGUGGUCCAGGGUCACAUUUUAUUUUGAACCUUUGAGACAAAUGUCUUUCCAAACCUGUAUAUGUUUCUAUCUUCUGUGAAACACAGAAGAAAAUGCUUUAAAUAACCGUUUUGGUGACCAUUGACUUCCACUGUACACUGUAAAAAAUAUUUUUCCAAGUUGUAAAUAAAACAAAGAUUACUGGAGUUUUACAAGGAAAAGAAAAUAUUAUUUUAUAAGAAUUAUUAUAAUAUAAAAUCAUUAU